CUUCCAGAGCCUCUUGUGCGUGCUUCACAUGCUUCUACGGUGGCAAUGAUAAAGCGCAAUUAACGAUGUUUCGGUCACUGUUUUGCCUUUCUCUGUGAGCGGUACCAUUCCACAGACUGACAUCUGUAACACGACACGUGACAUUAUCUUGCAUUUACUUUCCACAUUUUUAAGUUAAACAGAGUAUCAGUUAAAAACAAAAGCAUAUCCUAGCUACAGACACGCAUGAAGAAAGUACUAAUUCACGUUCCUACAAGCGUGAAGCACGUUCACCAUCACCACAUGAGCAACCUCCUUCCGAAUCCCGGCCACAGCGUGGGUGCCGGCAGCUGGCGUGUGUCGAAAGGGCUGCAGAACACGGAUGACUGGACAGGACACGUGGUUGGCCACACCUCUGGUGGACCAGGCUAUGGAGACCGGUACAUAAGUAAUGGCUGGCAUGACCAGGGUCACGGCCGCUGGCAUGAAGACCUUGUAUUAGGUAGCAAAAGUAUCGGGGGUGGAAUCAAACAUGCAAGGUUCCUCACACAUUUAACGGGCGCAAGCUCUGAGGACUGGCAGGCUGUGAAAGAACACGAGGUUGAUUUCAAUCGACUAAUUUACGGUAAAAUUCGUAGUCAUGAACGUGGUUUAAAGGGAAGCAGCCAUGAGAAGUGGAAUAAAUUUAGCAACCACGAAGGAAAGUUUAUUACCAAGACGAGACGAUCAGUUGGGCGAAACGAAAGAAAAGGAUAUCUUCAAGAAGACAAGCGUCAAGACGCAAGACUGUUUCAGAGCAGUCAGAGAUACGUUGAACCCAGUGCUGGAGACUGGAACGUUGUGAAGAGCCAGUUAGCAGAUAUACAGCAGAAAAUCUCCCUCGAUCAGCAACCCUCAGAUGGAGGGUCAUAAAGGGAACAGCUACGGCACCUUUGUGAUUAAUAAUGCAAAUGGUCAAUACAUUGCCCGUGAUGGAGGUGAGGUUAAACGCAAGAUUUCAAAUUGGCCAUGAAAAAAGCAGUGACGUGAUUAGAGCUAAAAUUAAACUAACUAGUAAGUUUAUUUUAAAAUUAAAACUUCAGUCAAAUGAAAGAAGGGCAACUUCCCCUUGUUUCCAACUUAUCGUGUAUGUAAGCCUGUAUUUCUAGUACCAAAAUAACAGAUAUAACAUAUUAGGA